AGCAGUCAGUCAGUUGGUGAAGCCGAACGCACUACCGAGGGCUGCUCACAAGAUGAUCCCGGCUGCCGUCAUGGACAACCACACUGAAAAUAACUACAAUUAUGGCGCUUACUUUGCACCAUAUAGGUCGGAGGGAGUAGAGUUGCUGGGCGCGGGUCUGACGGGCGAGGACCUGGCGGCCAUCCCGGAGCACUGGCUGUCGUACCCCGCGCCGCCUGCCAGCGCACACACCAUGCUCGCGCUCGUCUACGUCUUCUUCACCGCCGCCGCUCUCAUCGGAAAUGGACUCGUCAUUUUCAUAUUCUCCGCAUCAAAAUCACUUCGAACUCCUAGCAAUCUUCUCGUCGUGCAGCUGGCUGUAUUGGACUUUUUGAUGAUGCUGAAAGCGCCAAUAUUCAUCUACAACAGCAUAAAGCGUGGCUUCGCAUCCGGCGUUAUUGGAUGUCAGAUAUUCGCCUUCAUGGGCUCAGUGAGCGGGACCGCAGCGGGACUGACCAACGCUUGCAUAGCUUACGACAGACACUCAACGAUCACGCGGCCGCUGGACGGGCGGCUGUCACGCGGCAAGGUGCUGCUGAUGAUGGUGUGCGUGUGGCUGUACACGGCGCCCUGGGCCAUCCUGCCGCAGCUACAAAUUUGGGGCCGAUACGUACCAGAGGGUUUCCUGACAUCUUGUACGUUCGAUUACCUCACCACGACAUUCGACAACAAGCUUUUCGUGGCGAGCAUGUUCGUCUGCGUCUACAUAUUCCCCAUGAUGGCCAUCUUGUACUUCUACAGUGGUAUUGUUAAACAAGUGUUUGCUCACGAAGCCGCCUUAAGAGAACAAGCGAAGAAAAUGAACGUGGAUUCCCUGAGGUCGAAUCAGAACGCGGCCGCGGAGUCUGCAGAGAUCCGCAUCGCGAAGGCAGCGCUCACCGUCUGCUUCCUGUACGUCGCCUCGUGGACUCCUUACGGCGUCAUGUCGCUCAUUGGAGCGUUCGGAGACCAGAAUCUGUUGACACCGGGGGUAACAAUGAUACCCGCCCUUGCAUGUAAGGGUGUCGCCUGUAUCGACCCUUGGGUGUAUGCCAUUAGCCAUCCGAAAUACAGGCAAGAACUGCAAAAGCGAAUGCCAUGGCUACAGAUCAAUGAACCCGACGACAACGCCUCCAACACGACGAGCAACACCGCCAACAGCUCGGCGCCCGCAUAACUCUGAACAUAGCUGACAUACAACGCGCAUAAAGUUACUGAUGCAUUCCACAUAGCUCUCUUUAUGGAAAAAAUAUUUAAUGGUUGUUAAACAGAUAAAAUAUUAUCGAAAAGUUAUAUAAAACUUAGAUAUUAUUCAUUUAUUAAAGCAUC